AUGGGUGACUAUUCGAAAGCACUUGAAUUUUACGAAAAGUCACAUAAAAUAAAAACAAAAGCUCUGCCUCCAAAUCAUCCCGAUUUGGCUACUUCCUACAACAACAUCGGUGGAGUGUAUAACGCCAUGGGUGACUUCUUGCAAGCACUUGAAUUUUACGAAAAAUCACUUACAAUAAGAGAAAAAGCUCUGCCUCCAAAUCAUCCCGAUUUGGCUAUUUCUUACAACAACAUCGGUCAAGUGUAUAACAACAUGGGUGACUACUCGAAAGCACUUGAAUUUUACGAAAAAUCACAUACAAUCUACGAAAAAGCUCUGCCACCGAAUCAUCCCGAUUUUGCUACUUCCUUCAACAACAUCGGUCUCGUGUAUGACAACGUGGGCGACUAUUCGAAAGCACUUAAAUUUUACGAAAAAUCGCAUCAAAUAGUGGAAAGAGCUCUUCCUUCGAAUCAUCCUUAUUUGGCUAUUUCCUACAACAACAUCGGUGGACUGUAUAACGACAUGGGUGACUAUUCGAAAGCACUUGAAUUUCACGAAAAAUCACAUAAAAUCUACGAAAACGCUCUGCCUCCGAAUCAUCCCGAUUUGGCUAGUUCCUACAACAACAUCGGUGCAGUGUAUAACGACAUGGGUGACUACUCGAAAGCACUUGAAUUUUACGAAAAAUCACAUAAAAUCUAUGAAAAAGCUCUACCACCGAAUCAUCCCAAUUUGGCUAUUUCCUACAACAACAUCGGUCAAGUGUAUAACAACAUGGGUGACUACUCGAAACCACUUGAAUUUUACGAAAAAUCACUUACAAUAAGAGAAAAAACUCUGCCAAUGAAUCAUCCCGAUUUUGCUACUUCCUUCAACAACAUCGGUCUCGUGUAUGACAACAUGGGUGACUAUUCGAAAGCACUUGAAUUUUACGACACAUCACAUAAAAUCUACGAAAAAGCUCUACCUCCGAAUCAUCCCAAUUUGGCUAUUUCCUACAGCAACAUCGGUGGAGUGUAUAAGGACAUGGGUGACUACUCGAAAGCGCUUGAAUUUCACGAAAAAUCACAUCAAAUAAGAGAAAAAGCUCUCCCUCCGAAUCAUCCCGAUUUGGCUAUUUCCUACAACACCAUCGGUGGAGUGUAUAACGAGAUGGGUGACUACUCGAAAGGACUUGAGUUUUUCGAAAAAUCGCAUCAAAUAGCAGAAAAAACUCUUCCUUCGAAUCAUCCUAAUUUGGCUCUAUCAUACAACAAUAUCGGCCUUAUCUAUAACCACAUGGCUGACUACUACAAGGCACUUGAAUUUUACGAAAAAUCACAUCAAAUAAAAGAAAUAGCUCUUCCUCCUAAUCAUCCCGAUUUGGCUACUUCCUACAACAACAUCGGUGGAGUGUAUAACGCCAUGGGUGACUACUCGAAAGCACUUGAAUUUUACGAAAAAUCACAUCAAAUAGCAGAAAAAGCUCUCCCUCCGAAUCAUCCCGAUUUGGCUCAAUCCUACGACAACAUCGGUAAAGUGUAUAACGACAUGGGUGACUACUCGAAAGCACUGGAAUUUUACGAAAAAUCGCAUCAAAUAGUGGAAAGAGCUCUUCCUUCGAAUCAUCCUAAUUUGGCUCUAUCCUACAACAAUAUCGGUCUUAUCUAUAACAACAUGGCUGACUACUACAAGGCACUUGAAUUUUACGAAAAAUCAUAUCAAAUAAUAGAAAAGGCUCUGCCUCCGAAUCAUCCCGAUUUGGCUAGUUCCUACAACAACAUCGGUGCAGUGUAUAACGACAUGGGUGACUACUCGAAAGCACUUGAAUUUUACGAAAAAUCACAUAAAAUCUAUGAAAAAGCUCUACCACCGAAUCAUCCCAAUUUGGCUAUUUCCUACAACAACAUCGGUGGAGUGUAUGAGGACAUGGGUGACUACUCAAGAGCACUUGAAUUUCACGAAAAAGCACAUAAAAUAAAAGAAAAAGCUCUACCUCCAAAUCAUCCCGAUUUGGCUAUUUCUUACAACAACAUCGGUGGAAUCUAUAACGUCAUGGGUGACUGUUUGAAAGCACUUGAAUUUUACGAAAAAUCACUUAAAAUAAGAGAAGAAGCUCUGCCUUCGAAUCACCCUCGUUUGGCUUCUUCCUACAACAACGUCGGUCAAGUGCAUAACGACAUGGGUGAGUACUCGAAAGCACUUGAAUUUUACGAAAAAUCGCAUGAAAUCCUCGAAAAAGCUCUGCCUCCAAAUCAUCCAGAUUUGGCUACUUCCUACAGCAACAUCGGUGAAGUGUAUUACCACAUGGGUAACUACUCGAAAGCACUUGAAUCUUACGAAAAAGCACAUAAAAUAAGAGAAAAGGCUCUGCCUUCGAAUCAUCCGGAUUUGGCCCUGUCCUACAAUAACAUCGGUCUCGUGUAUAACGACAUGGGUGACUACUCGAAAGCACUGGAAUUUUACGAAAAAUCACAUAAAAUCCUCGAAAAUGCUCUGCCUCCGGAUCAUCCCAAUUUGGCUACUUCUCACAACAACAUCGGUCUAGUGUAUAAGAACAUGGGAGACUACUCGAAAGCGCUUGAAUUUCACGAAAAAUCACAUAAAAUAACAGAAAAAGCUCUGCCUCCGAAUCAUCCCGAUUUGGGUACUUCCUACAAUAACAUGGGUACAGUGUAUUUCGACAUGGGUGACUACUGGAAAGCACUUGAAUUUUUCGAAAAAUCACAUAAAAUCUUCGAGAAUGGUCUGCCCCCGAAUCACCCUCUUCUGGCUUUUCCAUACAAAUGGUUCGGAAAGAUUUAUCGCAGCAUGAAAGGUUAUUCAAAGGCACUUGAUAAUUUCGAAAGAUGUCUCUCAAUACGUCAAAAAGCCUUACUUGAUAAUCAUCCAGAUCUAGCUACUAUAUACAGUGAUAUUGGUGAUGUUCAUCGAUUAAUGGGUAAUUAUGAAAAGGCAUUUGCAUUUCAUCAAAGAGCAUUAAAUAUUCAAGAAAAUAUUCAAUGUGAUCCUACGGACUGUGCAACGACAUAUAUAAAUUUAGGUGAAACGUAUCGUGAAAUGGAAGAUUAUUCAGCAGCAUUGACAUAUUUUGAAAAAGGAUUAGAAAUACGUGAAAAGAAAUUACCAAAAAAUCAUCCUGAUUUAGCUGUUGUAUAUCAUAAUAUGGCAAAAUUAUAUUUGGCUACACGAAAAUAUAGUAUGGCAAUGAAAAAUAUUCAACAAGCAGUUGAAAUAGCUCAAGAAAAGUUACCUUCAACUCAUCUUCAUCUUUUGGAAUAUAAAGAAACAUUUGAACAAAUUCGAAAGAAAAUGUAA